GUGGUGGGCACCGAACGGGAGAUUCUCUGCCGGGGGCGAAGCUCAGUAGUGGCGGCGAGGGACCCAGCCAGGGCCUGGAGUGUUGACACUGUCCACCCGCAGGGCUUGGUUCCUUAAUCACCCCGGUAACCACAUUCCUUCUAACCACCUUUCCUGAAAUAUACCGAGGAAAGCUAUCCACCAGCUGUAUCACUGUGCUGAUGAUACUGAUUGGGCUGCCUCUCUGGUGGAAGACCACAGAGACCUAUCGUGCCUCGCUGCCUUACAGCCAGAUCAGCGAGCUAGACCUUCUCUUGCUGGACAUAAGUGUGCCAGUGGAGGUGGUCUUUGCGAAAGGCACACUGACAGCAGAGCAACAGAAAAAGCUGCUGCCACAGACCCAGUUCAGCCAGAGGCAGAAUCAGCUGGAUGAUAAAACAGGGUUCAAGUAUCGGUACGAGAAGACGUACAGAGCUGUAACUGGGUUAGAGCAAGAUGCCAUAAUGAGCAAAAAUGUAGAAGAGGCAGUUGUCACUUUGUCCCAGGUUUACGAGAGUCCGGCGGGGUCGGUGGUGAUAUAUGUGGUGCCUGCUGAUUCCCAGCUUCUGCUGGACGAGGCCAUGGUUUACAUCGGGAAGCACCGGGCCAGCUUACUGCGCUCCCCUGUGACUGCGUCGCACAGUGUGGAGGACGUACUUCAGGACAUCGACGACCGUGUGGAGGAUAUCAUGCAGACCGUGUCCUUCACCGACGACAUGGUGGCUGCGGCAUUGUCCAGCCGCGUUCCCUCAGGGAGUUCCGGCACUGACAGCUUCACCACCAGUAUUCCAGCGUUCAAAUCCAGCCUCGGCUAUGAAAUCACCUUCAGUCUGUUGAAUCCUGAUCCCAAGUCCCACGAUGUUUGCUGGAAUAUCAGGCGAGCUGUGGAGAAUUACGUGCAGCCCUUCCUGGACAAGCUGUCCUUUGUUGCCAACUUUUCCGUGGACUCUCAGAUACUGUAUUAUGCAGUUCUCGGCGUGACACCGCGCUUCGACAAGUCCUCGUCCAGCUUCUCAUUGACUGAGGAGAGCUUACCCCAUGUGAUCAAUCCAGUUGAAGCCAAACUCGGGUCCAACGUUGCUUCAUCCUAUCCGGUUUUAAAUUUUCUUCUGUACGUACCUGAAUACUCUCACUCUCCUCUGUACAUCCGUGACAGCAGUGGAUCUCCCCUCGAAUCCAACGCCUUUCACAGCUCCCGCUGGGGAGGAAUCAUGAUUUACAACGUGGACCACAAACAGACCAACGAGACGCUUUUCCCAGUCUCCGUUCAGGUGGACAUGGCUCGUGUGAUGGAGGUGUUCCUGCCUCAGAUGCGGUUGUUGAUGGGCAUACAGAAGGUGCAGCACCUUCCCGAGACCCUCAUCCAAAGCCCGGGGAACAUGGUGGUGACGGACUGGGAGAUGGACCGGCUCUUGUGGGUGAGGACAGUGGAGAACAUUGCCACGGCCACCAACACGCUCACCUCCCUGGCACAGCUCAUCGAUGAAAUUGGCAACAUCGUGAUCAACGACAACAUCGCCUCUGAGGUGUACAGAGCCGUGGCUUCCGUUCAGCUGUCACUGGAGGAGCUGGAGGCUGGGAGGCUCCUGCUCGCCUUCCAAGCCAGCAAAGACGCCAUCACCUCGUCGGAGAAAGCCUUCUUCGACCCAUCGCUCCUCCACCUCCUGUACUUCCCGGACGAUCAGAAGUUUGCCAUUUACAUCCCCUUGUUCCUCCCCGUGUGUGUCCCCAUCGUGCUGUCCUUGCUGAAGUCAGGGAAGGACCUGAAGUGGAGGCGGAAGGUGGAUUGAGGAGGAUGCACUCUGAGGGUGUUCCUCACAGAAUUAUGGAAGAAUGGUGAAUGAUAGUGGUGAAAGGGUUUGAUAGAUUUUAAUUUAUUGGGAGGGUGUCCCCUCUCCUGAAUGCAAUGGAAUCAUGCUGGACUAGACUGCAUGCAGCUUUCCGUUAACUGAGGCAUGCUCUUCACUAGACGGGUGGGCUACUGAACUGCAGCAAGUGCCACCACCAAAUUAGAUGUUGUAAGCUCAAUCUGUACAGUUCCCUCUCCCUCAAAGCACAGCCAAAGGUCAAGGCUCGGUGCAGUCAUGUCAGGCACGUGAAACAGGGCCAGGAGUGUCCGAAUAAACUGGACUCCCUCUGC